AGAAAAUAAUCAUCGCGAUGAGAAUAGUCUGUUAGUCAGUUCACAUAAAGUGAUCUGUCGAUUAUAUACCAUUUAUUUUAUUGAUUUAGGUAGUUUAUGUUCGAGUGGUUAUUUUAACGACUAUAAUUCCAAACAAUAUUGUGCAAAUUAUUAAAAGUUAAAACUAUUGCGAAGUCAUUGUUCUACUGCCUGUGAAUAUUUAUGAAAAAUGGUAAAGACAAGAAGAUUCAUUGUAGCAAAACAUUUUCAAAAGAAUCCAGAGCCAUCAGAUUUGCAAUUGAUCGAAGAAGAAUUACCUUCUCUUCAUAAUGGAGAGUACCUUGUCGAAGCAGAGUAUCUCUCUGUGGAUCCUUACAUGCGAGUUUAUAUUCAGAGAUAUCCAGUGGGUGCAACAAUGAUUGGUGCACAAGUAGCUAAAAUCAUUGAAUCAAAGAAUCCAGAUUUCCCAGUAGGAAGACGAAUUGUUGGUUAUUUGGGAUGGAGAACACAUACAAUUAUAAAUCCACAUCGUUCAUCUGAAUAUGAACUCUUAAAUCAAAGACCAACACUGGUACCUGAUAUUGGAGAUUUAUCACCAUCACUGCAUCUAGGAAUUUUAGGAAUGCCAGGAGCCACAGCAUAUUUUGGUCUUCUAGAAAUUUGUAAGCCAAAACAAGGCGAGGUUCUUGUUGUGAGUGGAGCAGCAGGAGCUGUUGGUUCCCAUGUUGGUCAAAUAGGAAAACAUGUUUUUGGACUUACUGUCAUUGGUAUUGCUGGUUCAGAUGAGAAGUGUAAAUGGCUUGUAGAAGAACUUGGUUUUGAUCAUGCUAUUAAUUACAAAAAAGGAGAUGUUGAAGUUGCUUUAAGGAAAGCUGUGCCAAAAGGAAUCGACUGCUAUUUUGAUAAUGUGGGAGGAGAUAUUUCCAGUAUUGUUAUAUACCAAAUGAAACCCUUUGGUCGCGUAGCUGUAUGUGGAUCUAUAUCUUCGUACAACGCAGAUUCAUCAUCGCUACCAAAAUCGACGAUUCUUCAACCGUCGUUUGUGUUCAAUCAAUUAAAGAUGGAAGGUUUCGUAGUGACUCGUUGGAAUAAUCGUUUUUCAGAAGCCACACAAAAGAAUCUUCAAUGGAUACACGAAGGGAAGCUUCGCUAUCGUGAAACAAUUACAAAAGGUUUUGAUAACAUGUUUGAUGCAUUUGUUGGCAUGUUACAAGGAAAGAGCGUUGGCAAAGCUGUUGUUCAAGUUUGAAGGCAUAGAAAAGAAUAUUGUAAUUUGUUUAAAACUACUUGUAUAGCUCUUUAAAAUACAUAUAUUUUUUGUCCUAA